UCAUGUUCCCUCUCUCACCCUGGGGGCAUCCUGCAGAACCUCUCCUCGGAAAUCCACGGGGAAAUGGCAAACAGGAUUGACGGGUUUCACACGCUCCUCGCUAGACAGAGCCGCUCAUUACCAUAACCGUCUGCAGCGACGGCGGCGCAGCGCCCCAGUCGCGGCGGCGGGACCUGCCGGGACCCUCGCCCGCCGCGCACCCGCAGUCACCGCCGAGCGGGCGGCCGGGCCGGGACCGGCGAGUGUGCACCGGCGGCCAGGCUGGCGCCGAGCCCAGAGCGGACCAGCAGCAGCUCAAGCGCUGCGGCCGCCGCCUCCCCGCUGACCCCGCGUGUUUUGACUGGAGGCAGAUCCAGUUCAGGCCGAUCAGGGCUGGUGGAAACAACUACCAAGUGUCUCUCUGUCUGCUUUGCUUUGGGAGAAGAAAGUGGAGGGAGCCCCAGCAUGUUGUAGAGGAACUGGCCUGCGGAAACGAGAGGAGGAGGGUGCAGGGGGCAGCGGAACAGACCGAACCUCAGAGCAUCAGUUGGAAUUACGAUCUGAGGCUGUCAGAGAUGACUCUGGUUCUGUCCAUGAAUAGAUUCUGCGAGCCCAUUGUCUCGGAAGGAGCUGCUGAAAUUGCUGGGUACCAAACACUAUGGGAGGCUGACAGCUACGGAGGCCCAAGCCCCCCAGGGCCAGCACAGGCUUCUUUGCAGGGAGACCGGGGAGCUGGUCCCCCACUGGCAGGAUCACAUUACAGGGGAAUUUCAAAUCCUAUAACAACAUCCAAGAUCACAUACUUUAAGAGGAAGUAUGUGGAAGAAGAGGAUUUUCAUCCACCACUCAGCAGCUGUAGCCAUAAAACCAUCUCAAUUUUUGAGGAACGAGCCCACAUCCUUUAUAUGUCCUUAGAAAAGCUAAAGUUUAUCGAUGAUCCUGAAGUGUACCUCCGAAGAUCUGUCCUUAUAAACAAUUUGAUGAAAAGGAUCCAUGGAGAAAUUAUCAUGCAGAAUAACUGGUGCUUCCCUGCCUGCUCUUUCAAUGGCACCUCCGCCCAAGAGUGGUUUAUGGCUCAAGACUGCCCUUACCGAAAACGACCACGGAUGGCCAAAGAGGAAUGUGAAAAGUUUCAUGCCUGCUGCUUUUACCAAGAAUGUGGUGGCCACUACCUAAAUUUACCCCUUUCUGUCAAUGCUAAUGUUGGAAGUGCCUCCACUGCUGCCUCCUCUCCCUCUGCCUCUUCUUCCUCAUCCUCCUCUUCCUCUCCCCCUUUGCCUUUACCGAGUUGUUCCCACCACGUGGAUUUUGAUGUAGGUAAUGCACCUAUUUACAAGAGUGAUGGCCAGAUACCUGCCAAUGAAAUCUUUGUCACUAAUGUCAGAUCACUUGGUGUUCAGGAAAAGGCCAAAUUAAAUGAUGAGAAAGCAAAUAAUGACACCAACAGAGAUGGUGGCCCCCUCAGCCAUGAACCCGUGGGAAAUGACCUUGCUUUUGAGUGCAAAGGCCAAUUUUAUGAUUAUUUUGAGACUGGAUAUAACGAAAGAAACAGUGUAAAUGAAUCUUGGAAAAAGUCCUUACGGAAAAAGGAGGCUUCACCACCAAAUAACAAACUGUGCUGCAGCAAAGGAAGUAAAAUAUGAGCCAUCUUCUCACCGAACUUUGAAGCAUGCACAGCAUGAUCAGUUAGCUCUCAUAAAUUUUAUUUUGAAUGGAUUUUGUAGUUUUGUACAACAGAUAAAGUUAUGCCAUGAACAUGUCAUGUCGUUUUAAUGCCUGGAGAGCAGAUUGCAUAAAACAUCUGUAUGGUAGGCAUCAGCGAGCUUCUUAUAAAUGUGGUGAUUUUUAUCAAGGAAAUGAUUGACUUAAUGCUUAAAAGUAUAUCAUAGUUUUCUUACAGAAAAGAUCAGUAGAUUAAAUUGGGGGACAGUGUGCCCUUGCAAUAUUUCCAUUGCCCCCCAAGGAGCCUGUCACUAGCUAAGAAAUUUCUACAUGUUUGCCAAUUAAUUAGGGAGUUAUUUGGUAAGCAAAUCAAUAUAACCAGCAAAGAUACCUGCUUCUUCUAUAUGAUACAAUAUUUUUUUUAAAUAAAAGACUGAAGACAGGGAGCAAGAUGAAAUGGCUUAAUGGUGCUGUUAAGUAUUUGUACCUAACAGUCUUGUGUGACAGAUGAAAAUAGGAUGUAACAUAAUGAAGCACACCUGUCUAGGGGCAGCAAUCAACGGUCUUACACAGAGAGGGUAUUCCCUGCAAGUUUCUGGCUUGCCUGUGAUGGGUGAUGAGGCUUUUAGAGGGGUGUUAUACAGGGCGAUUUUUGGUGCCUUACUUUAUCUUAAUUUUUGCCAAUGUGAAAAUUAAGGAUAAAUCAGAGUCACAGCAGGGAUUUAACAAACAGGACAAAAAAAAAAAACACAGGGUGGAUCAAUAUGGUUUGGAAACUGUUAACUUUGAACUAUUGUGUUCAGCUUUUGAUUCGACAUCUCUAUUCUUCCUUUAUUUUUGAUGCCCAAUUGCUUUUGGAUUCGGCGUUUUUUCAAUAAGGAUGGAGGAAAUGAGAGAGAGAGCUGUUAGAAAGCAGCACGGGCUGCUCGAGCUUUUCUAUGGCAACUGUAUGUUGCUGGGGUUGGGGUUUUCUGGGUUUUGGGUUGUUUUGUUUUGUUUUCUUGUCCAAUGAAGUUCACGAACCAGUGGCAUGCAUUAUACUUUUCUCUGUUUUGCAUCAUUUCACUUGUUUAGAUUAUAAAAGCAUGUGGGUUUUUAUAUAUGAACUUUGCUGUUGAUUAAGAAGCACAAUGUUAAUAAAUGAUGUGGUGAUCAAUAAGGUUUAUCUUAAAGAAUGUAAAGACUUUAGUUUUUUGAAAGUUAUUUUGGAGAAAUGGGACUUAAUCUACAAUAGUUAUUAUGUAUUUGGUCUACAUUUUCCAAAUAAUAUCUUUAACUUGUACAUUUGAAAAGUGUUCAGAGUGGCCCUCCUACCGUCCUUCCUUCCACUCCAACCAACUCUUCCUGCUAAACUGUAUUCCAGUUUCCAAGUUUACUAAUUGACUUGGGCCUGUUUAAAUAAUACUUCACAGAAACCAAAUGCCAAAUGGAGGAAAUAAGUAAGCCCUCCCAGUUUCUCCAAGAUAAAGCUUUUUUUUAUUAUUGCUAUUAAUAUUAAAUAUAGGUCUCAUUCAUACAGUGUAUGAGUAGGAUCAUUUGGACAAUUGUCCACAAGGACCAGUUUUUAAAACAUUUUCUUGUGUUAUAGUUAAAUAGUCUAGUAAUGUUUUGUCCUUUAUUUUCAGUAUUUGAUAAACAUUUGAUGUUCAAAAUUUAGCUAAUAGAUGCUUGUAUAUGAAUGUGUUGUAAUAAAGUGAGGUUUUCUUGAUAUAUAUUUAUUAAGAUGAUAAAAAUUCGUUAAGUUUUUUUAAAUUUUAAUGGCUAUUGGCUAUGUUUCUCUGUUCCAUUAUUCUCUCUCCUUUAAAAAACUCAAAACAUCUAGAAACUGUAGUGGAUAGUGGCCACACAGGAGUUUUCUAAAUUAAAGAGUAUUUUAAAAUGCCAAUCUGACAGGUGUUUUAGAAUGAUCCUAGUUUGUAAGUUUAAGUUUCUAUUGAUUAAGAAGCACAAUGUUAAUAGAUGAUGUGGUGAUCAAGAAGGUUAUGUCUGAAAGAAUGUAAAGAUUUUCCUUUCUGGAGUGUCUCUGAAAAAAAUUGUACAACAUGAAGCCGUAAAUACUGAGUCUUCGCUGAUUGCAUUAUGAAAUGUCAAACUGUGAAGAUGACCCAUAUGUAAACGGUUAUAACAGCUACAGAUUAUUGCUAGUAGCAUUCCAUACAAUUCUGUAUUAAUGUUCUUAGGAGCUAAUAUUUGAUAAAGGGGGAAAGCUAGUUAAAAACUAAUUAAUUUGUCAAAUGUAGCAUUCUUAUUAUGAGUGUAAUACUCAUGGAGAUUUAAAUAUGAAUGAAAGGACUUAUCCUUCUGCUUUUUAAAAGCCCCAGCAUUACUAGGUAGUGUUUUUCUUGAUGGCCAAAGCUGUAAAAUGACAAAGUUGGUGAUUUUCAGCAGCACUCACCUAAGCUGUGAGCGCCUGCACCUGUUCGGUAGAACCCACUAGAAUCACUUCUCUGCAGGAUAAGUGAUGCCUUUGAAUCCAGCAGCAUAAAAAUCUGUUCUUUUUAGUCAUCAAGUUUUUGUUUCCAAGAUAUUUCUAGCAUUGCAAAAAAAUUUUCUUCACCAAAUACUAAUUCCUAAACACCCAUCCAAACUACAAAAAUUCUCUUGUUAGUAGGCAAGAGUGCUAGGACUUCCUGUGUUCACCUCCCAUGCACCCAGCAUUGUCUUUUAUGCAUGAGAUAUUCCAUUAGAUUUUCCUAGAGUGGCCAGGACACCCUUCAUAGUAAGUUAAAUCUCUUAACUGGAUUCUAUAGUUUUAUCUCGAGCAACUUGGAAGAGCUAAGACAUCCUCCACCCACACUGCUGUCUACGCGCCUGGAUGCCGCACCUUCUCUCAUUGCUGUGCUCUGCUUUAAGGAAAAUCUGAUAUGACAGAAUCAAGACUAUUAAAAGAUAAAUGAGGGGAAAUCUUCAUUUAAGAAAGUUGCCUUGCUCCCCAAGAGUGCCUUUAAUUGCUAUUCCCCUAGGCAUCUGGCUGCAUAUCAUUAAUGAAAUCAUUAACCUUUGUCUCUGGUCCUUCCUUUCUAAAAAUGGCAGAUUAUAGAAGGUGGUCUGGCGAAGGGAUUUUCAAAGGGCAAAAGUCUCAUCAUCAUCUUUCCACUCAAAAUCCUAUUAUUCUACACUUCACUUUGCAGGGGUCCUAGGGACAGGAUUGCAGGGACAGGAUUGCAGGGACAGGGGACACGGGAGGAAGAGAGAAAAAUUCAAAACCAGCAGAUGCCACUAUCUGGCAAUGGAUUGAAAAUUAGGGGAAAGCAUCUUCGGCAUGAUCUUUUAUGAAGACAACAGAAAUUUAGAACAUUUCACAUGCUACUUUGUUAAAUGGUGAAGCAAGUGAAUGAAAGUAUUUAUUUUUAGAGCUCAUAGUUAACUCCAUCAAGACACGGCCACCCACCCCUCCAGUUAUGAACUUGUAUUACAGCUCCACUUGGUGACUUCCUUUCUGUGUAUCAGGAGCAGAGCAGAGGACAACUUGUAGAAGACAUGAUCAUUAAGAGACAUCCACUUCGCAACAAGUAUGAGACAAGGAUACAAGGAUUCCUAUGUGAUGCAGCUAGGUUUUUAUAUCCUUCUAACCAAUGGUGAGCAGGAGACUUUUUUGGAAAUAAUUAGUCAUGAAAUUCCAUUUUUCUGACAGCCCCUUAAAUCUGAAGUUAUUUCAUUUGUAGUUAAGGUUAUCACAUCCCUGCCAGUUUUACUAGAUCUUUUCAGAGACAGGCAUUCAGCAUGGCAUUAGUAAUGAUGGUUUAAACUAGAUGCAGAACUGUCCCAUGAAGAGAAGAAUGAUAUCAGUGUUUAAAUAAUAAAAGAAGAGACAAUGUGUGGUCUGUAGUGAUUCAUUUUAAGAUUGCUGUAUUUUGAUUUUGUGGUUUAAAAUAAAUGCAUUAAGGAUCUUUUAAGUUA